AUGGUUGAGGGAAGGCUGAGAGUUCCCAGCACAAAGGUCUCGAGAGGUAUCAGCGAAUGCACCCACUACAUGAGUAGUCCAAAUGUCCAACUGAGUCAUUGUUGCAUAUAG